AUGAGACGAGUCAGUCACAGUGCGUUGUUGUGUUGUUGUCUAUCAGUGAAUCAACGCCGGGAAGCUUUAUCAGGGGGUUGGUGCGUUGAAUUUGUGGAUCAAGAAAGUAUGCAACUUCAAUGCAAAACCCUAACUUUUACAGUUUCUUCGAUUCCUUCUAACCCAAAGCUACCACCAUUACCAUCUUCAAUCACUUUACGGUCAUGGAAUCCUCCAUUCCCGAGUUUCAGGAGCUCCUCUGUUUCCGGAGCAAAGCUGAACAGGUUUUUAAGAAACUGUGCAAGUCCGAAUCAGGAGCUUGUUGUUGAUGGAGAAACCGGAAAUGGGUCGAUUUCGGAGGAAGUGAAUGAGCUCCAAGGAGAUACAAAUGGUUCGAUUUCGCCGGUUGAAGUGGAAGUAGAAGAAGUGAAAGUAGAUGACUUGGCGAAUCAGAGUAUUUGGGGACAGAUGAAAGAGAUCGUCAUGUUUACCGGACCUGCUGCGGGAUUGUGGCUCUGUGGGCCGUUGAUGAGUCUUAUUGAUACGGCGGUGAUUGGUCAAGGAAGCUCACUCGAACUCGCUGCUUUAGGUCCCGCAACCGUAAUCUGUGAUUAUUUGUGUUAUACGUUCAUGUUCCUCUCAGUUGCGACUUCAAAUCUUGUUGCUACCUCUCUUGCUCGGCGGGAUAAAGAUGAAGUACAACAUCAGAUAUCAAUCUUGCUUUUCAUUGGGUUGGCUUGUGGAGUCACGAUGAUGGUGUUUACAAGACUGUUCGGUUCAUGGGCACUAACUGCUUUUACAGGGGUAAAGAAUGCCGACAUUGUCCCGGCGGCCAAUACAUAUGUUCAGAUUCGUGGUUUAGCAUGGCCAGCUGUUCUCAUUGGAUGGGUUGCUCAAAGUGCAAGUCUUGGUAUGAAAGACUCAUGGGGACCUCUAAAGGCAUUGGCUGUUGCUAGUGCAAUAAACGGUGUUGGUGAUGUGGUCUUAUGCACCUUUCUAGGAUAUGGUAUAGCAGGUGCAGCUUGGGCAACGAUGGUGUCACAAGUUGUUGCAGCUUAUAUGAUGAUGGACGCAUUGAACAAGAAAGGAUACAGCGCAUUCUCAUUCUGUGUUCCCUCUCCAAGUGAACUUUUGACGAUUUUUGGACUCGCUGCCCCUGUCUUUAUAACUAUGAUGUCAAAGGUUUUGUUCUAUACUCUCCUUGUGUACUUUGCUACAUCAAUGGGUACAAGUAUCAUAGCUGCUCAUCAGGUUAUGCUUCAGACUUAUACCAUGAGUACGGUUUGGGGGGAGCCUCUCUCUCAAACUGCACAGUCCUUUAUGCCUGAGUUAUUAUUCGGAAUCAACCGUAAUUUGCCUAAAGCUAGAAUGCUUCUGAAGUCACUUGUUAUCAUCGGCGCUACGCUAGGAAUAGUGGUCGGAACCAUUGGCACAGCAGUUCCAUGGCUGUUCCCUGGCAUCUUCACACAGGACAAGGUUGUCAUAUCCGAGAUGCACAAGGUCAUAAUACCGUAUUUUCUUGCUUUAUCCAUCACUCCGAGUACCCACAGUCUUGAAGGCACCUUACUGGCUGGAAGAGAUCUUAGAUAUAUCAGCUUGUCAAUGACUGGAUGCUUAGCGGUUGCUGGGCUUCUACUUAUGCUUCUGAGCAAUGGAGGAUUUGGUUUGAGAGGCUGCUGGUACGCUCUCGUGGGAUUCCAAUGGGCUCGGUUUUCUCUAUCUCUUUUCCGCCUUCUAUCGCGGGACGGUGUACUGUACUCGGAAGAUACAAGCCGAUACACUGAGAAAGUGAAAGCUGCGUAACUCAGUAAGUCACCAUAUACCUCACAAGAAAAAGUAUAAGGAAUAGAGAACAACUUCAUUC